GAUUUUUUCGGGGCCAAAAAAGAAGGAAAAUUUUGGAUUCUCAUGCUCCGACUCCUACCCUCCAUGACCCGAUAUUUUCCCCAAAAUUCUACCCGCCAAAAAAAACAACACUCUCACUCCAAACCCUAAAUUCAAGUUUCAAUUUCACCAAAUCACAACUUACACACAAAUGCCGUCACCAGGCAAAAUCCACCGUUUAGAACUCGAGAAUUUCAAAUCAUACAAAGGAUUUCAAACAAUUGGUCCAUUUUACGACUUUACAGCAAUUAUAGGACCAAAUGGAGCAGGAAAAUCAAACCUAAUGGAUGCAAUAAGCUUCGUACUUGGUGUUCGUACAGGUCAACUACGUGGUGCACAAUUGAAAGACUUAAUUUAUGCAUUUGAUGACCGUGAAAAGGAACAGAGAGGUAGAAGAGCUUUUGUUAGGCUAGUUUAUCAACUUGUUAAUGGUACUGAAAUUCAGUUUACAAGGGCUAUUACUAGUGCUGGUGCUAGUGAGUAUCGAAUUGAUGGGAAAGGAGUUAAUUGGGAUGAAUAUAAUGCUAAAUUGAAGUCCCUUGAUAUUCUUGUUAAAGCGCGAAAUUUUCUCGUAUUUCAGGGUGACGUUGAGUCCAUUGCGUCUAAAAAUCCAAAAGAACUCUCUGCACUCCUUGAGCAAAUAUCUGGAUCUGAAGAGUUCAAGAGACGCUAUGAUGAAUUGGAAGAAGAAAAAGCAAGAGCUGAAGAAAAGAAGGCACUUGCUUACCAGAAAAAGAAAACUGUAACUAUGGAGCGAAAGCAGAAAAAGGAACAGAAAGAAGAAGCUGAGAAGCAUCUUCGCUUACAAGAUCAACUGAAAUCUUUGAAGCAAGAGUAUUCUCUUUGGCAAUUAUUUACCAUAGAAAAGGAUAUUGCAAAGACCAAUGAGGAACUUGAUGCCGAAGAAGCAAUAGUCAAAGAAAUUGUGGAGAAACUUGGGGAAUACGAAGCUGAAUCUAAAAAAAAGAAGAAAGAACUAAACGGAUACAUGAAAGAGAUUGCAUUGCGUGAGAGGAAGAUUGCAGAUAGAAAAAGCAAACUUGACAAGAAUCAUGAUCUUGUAAAGUUGAAGGAAGAGAUAUCUCGGAUUACGUCAAAAAUCAAAAGUACAAGUAAAGAGCUUGAUAAGAAGAGAGAAGAAAGAAGAAGACAUGCAGAUGAGGUGAAGAAGCUUCAGAAUGACUUGAGGGACAUUACUAAGCAGCUGGAUGACUUAAGUCAAAGAAGUCGAGAUGCAGGGGGAAAACUUCAAUUAGCUGACAGUCAAUUGGAGACAUAUCACCAAAUUAAAGAGGAGGCUGGCAUGAAAACUGCGAAACUAAGGGAUGAGAAGGAGGUCUUAGAUAGGCAGCAGCGUGCUGAUAUUGAUGCUCAGAAGAAUCUGGAAGAAAAUCUUCAGCAGCUUGAAAAUCGGAAGCAUGAGCUUGAGUCUCAGGAGAAACAGAUGCAAACUAGGUUGAAGAAAAUUCUUGAUGCAGUUACCAAGCAUGACGAAGAACUGAAACGGGUGAAAGAAGAACAGCGUGAGAUGAAAAAUAAACUUAGACGUUCCAGAGAAAAACACGACAAUUUGCGGAAACGACUCGAUGAAGUAGAAGACCAACUACGUGAAUUGAAGGCUGAGAGACAUGAAAAUGAGAGAGAUGCCAAAUUGUCUCAAGCAGUUGAAACUCUGAAGCGUCUGUUUCCUGGUGUUCAUGGUCGGAUGACAGAUCUCUGCAGGCCAACACAGAAGAAGUAUAACCUGGCUGUAACAGUUGCAAUGGGCAGAUAUAUGGAUGCAGUAGUAGUUGAGGACGAACAAACAGGAAAAGAAUGCAUCAAGUAUUUGAAAGAGCAAAGACUUCCUCCUCAGACAUUUAUACCUCUUCAAUCGGUCCGUAUAAAGCCAAUAGUUGAGAGACUUCGCACGUUGGGCGGAACUGCAAAGCUGAUUUUUGAUGUCAUACAAUUUGAUCAAGCGUUGGAGAAGGCUAUUUUAUUUGCUGUUCAGAAUACCAUUGUUUGUGAUGACUUAAAAGAAGCUAAGUAUCUUAGCUGGAAUGGAGAGAGACUUAAAGUUGUGACUGUUGAUGGAAUUUUGUUAACAAAAUCUGGUACAAUGACUGGUGGUACUAGCGGUGGUAUGGAAGCACGCUCUCACAAAUGGGAUGAUAAAAAAAUUGAAGGGCUUAAGAAGAAAAAAGAAGGUCUUGAGUCAGAAUUGGAGGAGCUUGGAUCAAUAAGGGAGAUGCAGCUUAAGGAGUCUGAAGCAUCUGGCAGAAUCAGCGGACUUGAGAAAAAGAUUCACUAUGCUGAGAUUGAAAAGAAAAGCAUUGCAGACAAACUUCAAAAUUUGGAACGUGAAAAGGGGAGUAUUGAAAAUGAAAUUGGACAUAUACAGCCUGAACUUGAGCAGUUGAACAAAAAAAUUGAUGCAAGGGCGCAAGAGAUCUUAUCACGAGAGAAAAGGAUCAAUGAUAUUGUUGACAGAAUCUACAAAAAAUUUAGUGCAUCUGUUGGGGUGAAGAAUAUUCGGGAGUAUGAGGAGAAUCAGCUCAAAGCUGUUCAGGAAAUGGCUGAAGAAAGGCUUAACUUACAUAAUCAACAAUCGAAGAUUAAGUCACAGCUGGAAUACGAGCAGAAGCGGGACAUGGAUUCACGAAUUGUAAAACUAGAAUCAGUCCUUAGUAACUUAAAAGAGAAGUUAAAGGAGGUUGAGACCAAGGAGGUGGAGCUGAAAUCAUCUAUGGAGAAAGCUACAGAGGAGAUAGAUGAUUACAUGGAAGAAGUAUUAGCAUGGAAGUCCAAGUUAGAAGAAUGCGAAAAGCAGCUGCAGGAGUGGCAGAAAAAGAUUUCUGCUGAAACAACUAGCAUUACCAAACAUAACCGUCAAAUCAAAUCAAAGGAGGCACAUAUUGAGCAGCUAAAUUUAAGAAAGCAAGAGAUAUUGGAGAGAUGCGAACUGGAGCAAAUAGAACUGCCCACCAUCUCUGAUCCAAUGGAUACUGGAGAGUCUACACCUGGCCCUGUUUUUGAUUUCAGUACAUUGAGUAGAGCGUAUCAGCAGAAUAUGAAACCAGCUGAAAGGGAGAAGCGUGAGGUGGAUUUUACACAGAAAAUUGCUGGCUUGAUUUCAGAGAUAGAAAGAACAGCUCCAAAUCUGAAGGCCCUUGAUCAAUACAAGGAUCUAUUGAAAAAGGAGGAAGAUGUUACUAAAGAAUUUGAAGUGGCCAAAAAUGAGGAGAAAAAAGUUACUGAUGAAUACAAUAAAGUCAAAGGGGCCAGGUAUGAAUUGUUUAUGAAAGCUUUCAAUCAUAUAUCUGACAAAAUUGACAAGAUAUACAAGCAACUCACAAAGAGCAAUACACAUCCUCUCGGUGGGACAGCAUAUCUUAACUUGGAUAAUGAAGAUGAGCCAUUUUUACACGGUAUUAAGUAUACCGCUAUGCCCCCAACAAAACGUUUUCGGGAUAUGGAACAGCUUUCAGGAGGAGAGAAGACAGUUGCAGCACUUGCAUUGCUUUUUUCUAUCCACAGUUUUAGACCUUCUCCAUUCUUCAUUCUGGAUGAAGUUGAUGCUGCAUUGGAUAAUCUGAAUGUUGCCAAAGUUGCUGGAUUCAUCCGAUCAAAGUCGUGUGGAGGUGCUAGGCUUACUCAGGAUCCUGAGGAAGGAUGUGGCUUCCAAAGCAUUGUUAUCUCUCUCAAAGACAGCUUUUAUGACAAAGCUGAAGCAUUGGUUGGUGUUUACAGGGAUGCUGACAAAGGUUGCUCGAGGACAUUGACAUUUGAUUUGACCAAGUACAAGGAAUCAUGAAAGGACACUUGUUCUGCCGCAACUUCAGCGAUAUUUAGAUUAUUUUGGAGUACUGCAUGUUGUGACUGCUUCUUUGCUUCGAAAUCUUCACUAUCUACAAGGAUACAUUGAGAUUAUAGCAUGUUACACGAAAGCGUGGAGUAUUACACGUGGGUCACUCCUGCUUUUUUGUGAAAGACUGGAUUCGCCCGUUCUGCCACAAAUACUUUCAAUUCCACUGAUUAGAAUUCGACAAUGAGUUUUAGGCGGUGAUUGUGAAGUAUCUUUUUAUCGAUCCUAAUUUAUGUAUAAAUUCCGAAAUUAUGAUUGAACCGAAGAGCCCCAAAGUCUCAUGGGUAUUAUAGAACUAGGGAAUCUAUUCGCACUAUGCGCGGUCAUUAUUAUCAAUAUCAACAUCCCAAUAAUGAAUAUAAAAUAUUCGCUCGUUUCUAUUA